AUGAUGACCACUGCCCAAAGCCUCCAUGUCAACACUCCGCUGCGAGAAAGCAUCCCCCUCUCCAAAGUGGCUGGCACCAAGGUCUACUUGAAGCUGGACAACGCACAGCCCAGUGGCUCUUUUAAGAUACGAGGCAUUGGACAUUUCUGUAAAACGUGGGCUGAACGAGGCUGCAAGCACUUUGUGUGCUCCUCAGGAGGAAAUGCUGGCCUUGCUGCUGCUUAUGCUGCCAGAAUGCUGGGCAUCCCUGCUACCAUCCUUGUGCCCACUUCCACACCAGCCUUUACCAUAGAGCGUCUGAAAGAUGAGGGGAGCACUGUGUGCAUUGUGGGAGAGAUGUUGGAUGAGAGCAUCGAGCAAGCCAAGGAGCUUGCGAAGAACAACCCAGGAUGGGUCUAUGUGCCCCCCUUUGAUGACCCUCUCAUCUGGGAAGGGCACAUGUCUCUGGUCAAAGAGUUGAAGGAACAGAUGCCUUCCAAGCCUGGGGCUCUGGCUCUCUCGGUAGGAGGAGGGGGGAUGCUGUGUGGGGUGAUUCGGGGCCUCCGUGCAGUGGGCUGGGGCGAUGUGCCCAUUAUUGCUCUGGAGACCAAGGGAGCCCACAGUCUGAAUGCUGCCAUAACAUCGGGGAAGCUGGUGACACUCCUAGAAAUUACUAGCGUUGCUAAAACCCUUGGGGCGAAGACUGUGGGAGCAGAGACUUUGAAACUAGCUCAAGAGUACCCUGUCUUUUCAGAGGUCAUCACAGACCAGGAGGCAGUGGUAGCUGUUGAGAAGUUUGUGGAUGACGAGAAGAUCUUGGUGGAACCAGCAUGUGGGGCCGCCUUGACAGCAGCCUACAAUGGGGUAGCACAAAGGCUUAAAGCAGAGGGCAAGCUUAGCCCCCAGCCAGACUCUUUGGUGGUUAUUGUGUGCGGCGGCAACAACAUCACAUUGGCACAGUUACACCGCCUGAAGGAGCAGUUGGGUAUCCAGAAUAUCAUGGCUGCUUAA